UUCAAUUCUUCAGACACUCAGAUCUCAAUCAUGUUUGCGCGACAAGCAUUCAGAGCGGCACAGCCGUUGAAGACUCAAACCCGUCGAUACGCCACCGAGCCUUCAACCGGCGGAUCGAAUACACUCCUCUAUGCUGGUAUCGCAGCAGCACUUGCAGGUGGAGGGUAUUAUUUCUACAACCAGGGAGACAAUGCUGCCAAGGUGAAGGGUGCAGCAAAGGAUGCUGAGGCCAAGGCUAAGCAGGAUGUCGGAGCUGCCAAGGGCAAGGUAGAGGGUGCUGUGGGCAAAUCUGCCUUCACAGGAGGGGACCAAGGUUUUAUCAGCUUGAAGCUCGAGAGCGUCGAGAACAUCAACCACAAUACCAAGAAGUUCAGAUUUGCUCUGCCAGAGGAGGAUCAAGUCAGCGGAUUGAAGGUCGCUUCUGCCCUUCUUACAAAGUUCAAGGGCCCAGAGAUGGAGAAGCCAGCCAUCAGACCAUAUACUCCAGUGAACGAUGAAGAUGAGCAAGGAUACUUAGAUCUGUUGGUCAAGAAAUACCCCAAUGGCGCUAUGUCAAGUCAUAUGCACGAUAUGGAACCUGGCCAACGCUUAGAUUUCAAGGGCCCAAUUCCGAAAUAUCCUUGGGAAACGAACAAGCAUAAGCACAUUGCCCUCAUCGCUGGAGGAACCGGAAUUACUCCAAUGUACCAAGUAGCCCGUGCUAUUUUCAACAACCCAGAAGACAAGACCAAGGUCACACUCAUAUUCGCCAACGUCACUGAAGAAGACAUUUUGUUAAAGAAGGAGUGGGAACAUCUGGAGAACACAUACCCUCAACGAUUCCGCGCAUUCUACGUUCUGGACAAGCCACCAAAGGAGUGGAAAGGCAACAGUGGAUACAUCACUAAGGAGCUCUUGAAGACCGUUCUGCCCGAGCCAAAGGAAGAGAACAUCAAGGUUUUCGUCUGCGGACCUCCGCCAAUGUACAAGGCUAUUUCAGGCGUCAAGAAGUCUCCCUCUGACCAAGGCGAGCUUGACGGUAGCAUUCUUGAGCAACUCGGAUACUCCAAGGAUCAGGUGUACAAGUUCUAG